UCGACCUUGAAGAAACAACUGAUCAACAUGAGGCAACCUUUCGUUAAAAUCAUCGUUGCUGCGAUUACUGUUUCCUUCGUUCCAGUGGCUCAUUCAGGAUGAGGAGGGGGGGACACACCGGCUCUUCCCAACGACGAAGGCCUUCCUCCGGGAAGUUAUCUAAAGUCGUGUACGGGGUGUCGGUUUUUAGAUGAUAAGACGUUUCACUGCAUGCAGUGCCCCAAGGGAUGUGGUAAGAAGCUGGCCACUCAGAUCGUGGCUAUUGACGCCUGUGCUGCGUUUGGAAACGACAAUGGAGUGUUGGUUUGCGACGAUGGGUCUGGCGUUGAUGAAGAUAGUGGGGGGCUCUUAUUAAAUGAUGAUGAUAUACCGUCUGGUUCCUAUCAAGAAAGUUGUCGAGGUUGCAAAAUGUUGGAAGAAUCGGAUGGCAGCGAGGACACGAGAAUAAAAUUCUUGAGUUGUUCGGCUUGCAAAAGUUGGAAUGGUGCUUUCCUCGCUUCCACAAUUCGCAACUUUGAUCGCUGCAGUGAUAUUGACAAUCAAAAUGGAGAACUUGUUUGCAAAGACGACCAAAUUCCUCCUGGUGCCUACCGCGAGAGUUGCAGCCUUUGCGAAUUGACGGUCGAGGAUCCCAAAACGUUGUCAUGUCAAUGCCGCGACUCGAGCGGUGGAAGACAACUUGCUGUUCUCUCUCCGCCGGAUGGCGAAUGGAAUUUUGACUCCUGUCACAACAUUGACAAUCAUGAUGGAAAUUUGGUUUGUCAGCGGCAGGACGAUGAUACAAAUGACGGUGCUUCGCGUACUAGCCGGGAUGAACUGUAGGCGAUAAUGGAACACACUGUUGUCACCAUGAAGUCCAUGCUCUCUCAGGCUGAAUGACGGAGGAUCCUCAGGGAGAAAAGACGUAUUGGUUGUAACUCCCUGGGUCCGCCUGAUGAAAUCAAUGCUUGAGAGAGGCUAUGGCUGAUUGGUUCUCUGGUUACAGGUACGGUACUAGAAGUACGUAGGUUUACCUGGGUAGGCAGCAGAGGAAAGCUACAGUCCUUGUAUUAUCGGACGCCAUUCCACUACUCAUAACGAGCUAGUUUAGCGAGCUAGCUAGCUAGAGGUCGUGAUCAAUUGGUACUCUAGUACCUGCCAUCUUUCGCUGCAAGUAGCUACAAGGAGCCA